AUGGUCCGGCUGAUCACCCACAACUUGCUCGCAUGCAACGCCAAGACGUGCUCGGCCCCGACGAACUUCCCGCUCCGGUUCGAGCAGGUCCAACGGGUGGAGAUCAAAGAGGCCGAGCUCAACAAGGAGUUCAUCAAGGGCUUCCUCAACAAGCUCGACUUUGAAGCCCUUCUCUACGCCUCUCGAGCCCUCGGUGAUGCCGCUCUCCCCGACUCGUUCCCACUAGAGUCGCUCCAAAACCCAGACGAGAUCCCGGACGAAAUGUAUGCGGCUCUACAUCACGCAUUGCUUGAGAUCCAUGUCCAAGAGGGCAACAUGUUAUGCCCAUCAUGUGGACACAUCUUUGUCAUCAAGGACGGGAUACCAAACAUGCUGUUGGCAGAGCACGAAAUCAAGACCUAG